GUUAUUUUUCGACUGAAUAACAAAACAAAGGAGAAAUGUUAUGCUGGAGGGAAUUGAACUUGUGAAUAGACAAAAAUGAAUCAUAUUUCUAUUUCUCGGAUAUCUAUCAAUCUUGAGUCGCAACUGAAUAAAUCACUAGUACUACUACCAUCACUAAGCACUAGACGUUAAUCCAACACCAACCGGCUGCUUCACAUUAUGCUGCCUUUAAUCCUAUUGUUAUAAACAUCAUUCAGAUAUCAUCGUACAAGGGAUGGAUUUGUGGAAAUAUUACAUGCUGAGGAUUCCACACUGUUUGGAAUAAAGCGAUAAUAAUGAUAAUAACAAUGACAAUUAUUACUAUUAGUGGUAGUGUAGUGGGCGUUGCUGAUAAGAGUGGAUAUAAGUAGUAUAUAUUGAGAGGAUGGCAGAAAUCAUAGGGAAUUACCAGCAAUGGGUAAGGAUUCCGCCAAGAGAAACGCAAGAGACAAGGCGGGCGUAUGAAGAGCAAAUCAAGAAGGAAGCAGAAGAGGAAAUGAAGCAUAUUUUGCAAAUGGAUGGUAUUAGUUCAAGGUGUACCAUAUUUAACGACUACUGUCCCAUUUGUUGACAAUAAAAAUCCCUUCCUGUAUACCUGUCUUCUGCCUUUUCAGUAGUAGUAAUAGUAGUAGUAUGAUUCUUCGUAGUGCUGUGUUGAAGGGCAUGUUAAAGCGUCUAUUUACUCAAUCAUCUUAGAUUACCUAUCGAAUUCCAAUUUACCGGUAAACUUAUCUUUUUCAAAUAUUCAAAGAAUUUCUUUUUAUUGCCUUUCAAAUUUCCUAACUGAUGAGUCACUCUUGUAUUUUUCUUUUUUAAAAGUUUUGGUACAAUACUGUUCGUGAACCCUCUGGUCGUAUUUUUCUUCGUCCUGAUGUUUUUAUUAACACCGAGUAUACUAUUGACGAGUUGAUGCACCGGAAGAAAAGGCAUUGAAUGAGCUUUUCACUGUGUCUUCCAACCAGUCGUAUAGGGUCCAUGGGUCUAUGGAAGGUUUUGAAGGUUCUCGUGUUAUGCUGAUUGCCACCAUUCUUGUCAAUCUGGUAACUCCACCUCCUGUUGUUUAUCCAUCUGUUGGUGAAGAUGACGAUGAUGAACUUGAUUUUGGACCUAUUUCACCCUGCAGUCUUUUUCCUAACGGGAUACCUCUUGCAACUUGGCGGGAUAAUGCACGCGUUAUUGCUGCUAGUCCAAAUGCACUUCGUUUCGUAUUCCUUUGUGCUCAUGCCUAUCAUUCAGGGCUGAAGUCUUUGGGGUUACAGUUACUUUCUAGUAUACGCUAUCCCUUAGAUCCACCCAGUGUACCACUUCCACUGGAUUGCCCAGAUGACUGGACACCUUUAAUUGACAAUGGCUGUCGUCUUGCACAGUUAACUUUAACAUUUCUAACUCGAUGCAUUCUGGAAAGUAAUGAUCGGUGUGAUUUAAUCGCAGGUUUAAUGUUUUUGGCUAAUUUGACUAAAGUGAGGGAAAAAGUGAAUCUGCCCAGUCUCAUUAUUGGUCUACCUCAAACUGUUUGGCCCAGACUUGCUCAGUUGUUAUGCUUACCAGAUUUAGCAAUAGUGUGUGCUGCCCUAGAAGCUGUGCGUUGCUUGACAGAUUUGGAUGCAACCACAUGUUUAGCGUGCUGGGAGUCUUGUUGCUCGAGUUUAGAUACCUUGAAUGAUGGGAACAUUCCAUUUAUUUUACUCCAACCUUUGCUUGCUUUACUGACAUUGGAGGGUCAAGCUAUGGGAUCUCAGUCUCUUCAUCGUAUAAGACUCUUACCCCGUAAUCCGCAACCUCAAAAUGUCCAAUCACAGUUUUCUCAUGGAUUCGGCCUCCGCACUCCUGCUCAUUGUCGUCCACCUCCCAAUGUAAAUGAUUUUAGUCGAUCUCGGGAUGCAUCGUACAUUAAUGGACAAACAUUUAAGACAUACAUAUAUCCAAAAUCUCCCCCUAAAGUACAUUCUGUUUCCUCUGAUUCAUAUGCUAAUGAUCGUCAUAACUCUGCUAAUUCCGUUCUUAAUUUAAAAUUGGAAUCUAGUACUCCUUUGAAACCGUCGGCUGUCAUACCAACAUCUUGCAUAGCACAACCGGUGUACAGACCUCAAAGCGGGAGUACUGCUUGCUCAGGUCUUAUCAACUUGUUAUCUUCAAUACCAUCUUCUUCAUCGUCAUCUAACGUUGGCUUGUCAGUUGCCAGUUCAGCGUCUCCUAAUCCUGUCCCUGCAACACCUAAACUAACAACACCAAGUUUAUCAGAACUAACAGAUAGAUUACAAAUGCCACCGCCUUCUUUACCGCCUCCAUCUGCAUUGCGACGGUCAGGAAAAUGGGCUCAUUCACGAACUAGUCUAAUUUCAUCUCCUCAACUGACGAAUAAAUCGAAAAUCAAUUCUCCCACAUCUCCUCCCUGUCGAACUAAUUACUCAUCAGGGAAUGUGGCUGAGCGAAUUACUUCUUCAUUUUCACCGAUUGCUGCUCCAGCCAACCUAAAGUCUUCGUGCCCUUCAGGAAAUUCUACGACUUCCGAUACGUUGAUAAAUUCAAAGGACAUUGAGUCUUCAGUUCAAAGUGGGAGACAUAUAUUGUAUACAGAUACUUGUGAAAAAUUAUCUAACAAUAGUUUAAUCCAAAUAGUAAACAAUUCACAAAAUUCACUGCCUCAUUUAAAUCCAAUAUUAAAUUAUGAUGAUUGUAAUGAUGAUAAUCAACAUCAUAUUGAUAAAGAUUUAAAAACCACACCUUUACAACAUAAUGAUUAUGAAACUAAGCCAAUUAUUAACGGUGAUCUAAAUUGUAUUGAUGAUAUUGAAUCAAAGAGUUAUAUGAACAGUUUACAUACUAAUGGUCUUCGAACUGGUAUCUUACAAGAAGCUGUUCUAGCUAUUCAAGAUAAAAAAUUUAAACAUUCCUCAGAACAAUCAAAAUCAACUAUUAAGUAUAUUAAUGGUAUGUUGGAUGGAAAACAUGAAGUAGUUUCAAGCAUAAAAAUUAAUUCAAAUGUGAAUGCUGAAUCUGAUGGCGCCAAAGCAAUACAUUUCGAAGAUUGUGAAAAAUCAGACAAACGAUUUGAUAAAAGUCCCUUGAGCAAUGGCUAUUUAACAGAUGAUAUACAUGAAUCUGAAAAAAAUUGCCACCUACCGACUACUAAAGAUGAUGUUAGUAGUAACAGUCGUAAUAGACUGGCGAAGACUUCAAAUAUUAUCAAUUGCCAUCGUUUACAUCCUUCUCACAGAUUUUUGAAGCGUAGACGAAAAUGGGGUUCCAAGAACAAAUUGUUUACACCCAAGCGUCGACGUGAUCUUAUAAAUCUUAAUAAUCUUUCUAAGACAGUAUCUACUACAUGUUUGGAUACAUCCACAGCCUUAAAUACCGCCUUGAAAAUGAAUUCUGUUCCAGGUUCUGUUCUUGAUCCCACCUGGAGGCCUACUGAUGAAUCAUCAACUAAACCGGUCAUUACUGGUUCUGGUGAUGGAACAGUAGAGUCUACAUGUAGUGAUUUUAAAAGUUGUCCGAUAUCACCGGAGCCUAACAACACAUCUGAAACCAAUGAGUGUAGAUCGAAAGAAUCAUGUGAAAGUGUCUCAGAGUCUACCAAUACCAAUCACAGUGUUGAUGUUAUGAGUUCAACAGCUCUAUCUACACCAGGGAACAUGGAAAAACCAGGAUCAUAUUUAUGUGAAUGGGAGUGUUGUACAUCCACAUUUGAAUUUAAACAUCAGGUUGCUCAUCAUGUUUAUUCAAUGCACUUACCUAAUAAAGAAAGUUGGAAAGUAGAUAGUUCACAUCAUCCGAAUCAUAAAUAUCCUGUUCAAAUUGUUCGCCGUUGUUGUCGUUGGCGUGGUUGUCAGUCAGCAUCACUUGCUCGUGCACCAUACGCUCUAAUGACGCAUGUACUCGAUAUGCACUGUAGUCCAAAAGAAUUAGAACAACGAAGAUCAAAUCAUGAGCAUAAAAAAGUUGACUUCAAAACACUUGACACCCGAUGUGAUCACUUUAAUAAUGAUACAAAUUUAUCACCUGGGGAUGUACAUCCUGAAUACUUAUAUGUUGGUGAUCGUUCAGCAUGGACAAUUAUUCGUUCUGUUGAAGCUAAAAGUAUGCAAAAUGAUCUAUGUGCUGCACAACAUCAUUUUUUAUUGACAAAUCCUCAUUACCAGCCAAAUUUACCGCUUAAUCCGCUAAUUCAUUCAAGUGUUAAUAAUCCACCGCGUGAAGGACCAGUAACAAAGCAUCUCCGAGUAACUUCUGCGCUUAUUUUAAAAAAUCUAGUAACACAUGUUGAACAGGCGAGAAAGUGGUUGCUGAAGGAGUCACAGCUUCUAUCAGAAAUAGCAUUCGGCUGUACACCAAGCGAGACAGGGUUAAGGACAAACAAUGCAGGACAAAUCAUUGCUCAGUGUUUAUCAAUCUGCACAUUGGAAAAGCCCACUGUGUAUUCAAUUUUAUCGCCUAUUAUGCAACAGUCAGUUCGCAUUCCUUUAUCAGGUGAACAAGCAUAUCGUUCUUCUUCCUCCUUCUCGUCAAGUAUUCAACCGAUUGUAUCCACAGUUAACCAACAGAUGAAGUUGUCUUCGGUUGAUCUUGAUUCGGAUGUCUGUAAUUAAGAUAAAUGUGUUAGUUCUAUCUGUUUAAUUACUGUUUCUUUUGGUUCACAUCGCCUUUCCAUGUCCUAUGUUACUGUUGUUUGUUUUAUUUUGUUCUCUAACGAAAAUAAGUUGUUCACUUCACAAUCGUUUCAGGUUUACUGCACACACUUCCUUGUCAACUUGUUGUUGUAUGUAUUUGUUGUAGAUAAAAAAUGUUAUUUCUUUUUCAUUAAAAAUGUUUCAGGUUUAUUACUAUGAAAACUACGUUUACAUAGUCUGUGUUUAUUUGUACAGUUUAUAUUAUUAAAUAACCGCCUCUUUCUUAUCAUCUCUACUUCCCUCGCCCUCAACCCCGUUCCCCCUUUCUGUUAGACCUUGAACACUUUCGAUUUUAUUUAUUUAAUCACUUCUCAGUUCUUUUGCCUUUCAAUUGAUGAUGUAUUUGUGUAUUUAUCACUUUAUUGUCUUGAAAUGCAAAGAUUAUGUUUAUAAAAUAUCUCCAUAUUAUGUAUAUGUAUAUUUCUUGUUGUGUGUUUCCACCACGACUACUACACCACCUCUACUACUACUACUACCAUUGUCAUUACUACUAGUAGUGCCACUUCGCUGUGCAGCUCAACUGUGUUUUCGUUUGUGUGACACAGUUGUGUUAGUCCUAUCACUAUUACUAAUGUUGUAAUGAUAGUAAUAAUGAUAAUAGUAAUUGUUAUUUUUUGGGUAUGUUCUCCUCUUCUUCUUUUUGGUUUUUGAGUUCACUUCUCUGCAAGAAACAACAAUACACACACACACACACACAAACCCUUGCAUACAAUUGUUGUAUUUAUAUAUUACUUAUUAAACUUGUGUCUAUCUCCUGGAGUUGUUAUUCAGACGACUUUAAUUACUUAGUACUGAUUGAUAUACGAAUACUUCUACUAAUACUAGUACUACUGUAACAACCAGUACUAAUGGUAACCUUUUCAAAGAAUACUUUAUACAAUUAUUGAAUGUUUGUAAUUAGUACGUGAACUGUGUAUAUUCAUAUAUUUGCAUAUAUUGUUUCAGUGACUUACUUGUACAGUUUCCUAAAUGAAAUCCUUUUUGAAAGAUUCAUAUCCUUUUGAACAGUCGAUAUAUAUAUAUAUAGGAUUAUCGGUAUUGUAUUAUUAUGGUUAGUAGUUCUAUCGUUUGUUAUGAGUUUUUUGUUUGUGUUUAUUGUUUGUUUAUACAGUGUUUUUUUUUCAACAAGAAAAAAGAAAAGAAAAUUCUCUCUUGAUAUAUCCUAUCAUAUCCUCCAUUCAUAACUUUAUUUUCUUGCUUCCUUCUUUCGAAUUAUUGUUGCUUGGGUUUCUCAGAAGCUGACAAAAUACCGAUCAUCUUUGUGUGCUGCAUUUCAACGUGAUUUAAUCGGAUUUCAACUUGUUUUCUUUCUUCUUUAGUGCCUAUUCAGGUAUUAUAUAUUUAUGUGAAUCCAGGUUGGUCUAUGAUAUUCAUGCAUUUGUUUGUAUGACUUGAACUUGUGUGUAUGUUUGAGUAUGCUUGGGGGGGGGGAGCUUAUUUGUGAGUUCAUACCUGUAUGUCAACACAAGUGGGUUGUAUCUUCUCUCUGUUCUAGUAUUCGUUCUAGUC